GUGAAAUUCAGUGAAAAUCUAAAUCGAAUUUCAAUUUUUUCCCGCCUUCUCAUUUUACCCCAAUAAAAAUGCUUGUUAGCUAGAAGUAGCUCUAAUCUCUCCAAAUAAAAAAAUGAAGACGACGCAGAGAUUACCAGCGUGGCAAAUAUUCUCCGACGACGGUAAUAGUUACCGAUGGGUUGCUCACGGUCAUGAUAAUAAUACUAGAUCUGAAGAAAAACCUAGGGUUGUGACUCAACAUGAAAAAAACCCUAAUUCUCGUCUUCCUUCGAUGCAAGAUCUCUUGUUUCAAGGAUCUUCAAAGCUGUUUCAAAGUAAUGAAUUGAACAAUGAGAGUCCACCUAUGUUUAGAACUGGAUUAGGGAAAUCUGUUGCGGUUAAGAAAUCUUCAAUUUUAAAAGCUUUGUCUGUUCUUGGCGAGGAUACUGUUCAAUACGGAGGAGGUCAAAUGCAAGGUGGAGAUAAUGGACAUAGUUUCUCAAAUACAGUUUUCCAAACUGGGUCUGGGAAAACAGCAAAUGUUUCUGUUCUUGGUGAGGAUAAUGUUUUUAAUGGACGAGGAGGUCAAAUGCAAGGUGGAAAUAAUGGACAUAGUUUCUCGAAUACAGUUUUCCAAAUCGGGUCUGGGAAAACAGUAAAUGUUUCUGUUUUUGGUGAGGAUACUAUUCUUAAUGGAGGAGGAGGUCAAACGCAAGGUGGAGGUAAUGGACAUAGUUUCUCGAAUACAGUUUUCCAAACCGGGUCUGGGAAACCAGUAAAUGUUUCUUCUGCGGGGCUUAUGAGAGCUAAGACACUUUUGGGUUUGGAUGGAGACUCUAGUCAGUUGUCAAAUAGUGAUUCAGAAGCUUGGGGAAAGUCAUUUCAGUUGGAAGAGAAAAUUGAGGGGCGUACUAAUGCGUUUGUAACUUCUAAGUCAAUUUAUACGUGUGCUACCGACUAUCCAACUGAUACAUAUAUAACAGAAGAUAAUCCGGAGAAAGAGGUACUGCCAAGUAUCUUGGCAUCUGAAAUCCACAAUUCCUCUUCUAAACCAUCAGCAAUCAAAUUCCAAACUGCAGGAGGAAGGUCUAUAUCAAUUUCCGAUGAUGCAUUGCGACGUGCUAGAAGUCUUCUUGGCGACUCAGAAAUUGAUUUGUUAAAGAAUGAAGGAAGUCUAGACACUCCAGGGUUCUCAUCAUUUGAGAAAGACAACCCAUUUAACAAGAUUCCGCUAAACAAAGAAAGUGAUCCUUCUGCACCUUGUUUGAGCCAAGCUCAUACAGUUAACAGCCACAGUUCUAACGGGAUUCUUCCCACCAAAGGGACCUAUUUGAAGCAUAAGCAGUUUCCUGCUGAUUUAGAAGCUCGGAAUCCGGGGGAUAACUUGGUUAAGCAAAUUAAUGGAAAUGGGUUGCCAUACCGAGGAAAUUGUGCUAAAGAUAGUAAUAUUAAGCCUUCAAGGAGUGAAUUCAGUUCACCCUAUAUGGUUGCUGGAAAUUCUAGGGAGAAGGAUAUUGGUUCAAGAGUGAAAAUAGUGGGAAGACCACUAAGUAAACCAUUGGUUGACAUAUCAAACAUCGUCGGCAUUGCUCCCAGGAAUGGACCCUCUGAACCUCAUGUUGCAGUCAGAAACUCUUUGACUAAGGAUAUUGGUUCAACAGUAAACACAGUGGGAGCACCGCCCAGUGGGCCAUUUAUUGAUACUCCAAAUAACAUCGGUGCUGCUUGUGGGAAUAAAAAACAAGUAACUUCUGAUAAGAGGAAACUUGGAAGUAGAAGUUCCCCCUCUCCAUUCAAAAGGCCUCGCUGUUCUCGGUUUUCCGCUCCUCUGGACAGGAAUAUUUCUUUUGUACUACCUAAUGCAACAUGUGAAAAUUCGCUUGCCAAACCAAAGUUGGAAAAAAUAGAAAACAGCGUGAAAUGCAUGAGUGCUGACCGUGCUGAGGCGUACAUGUUCCUUGAUGCUUCUAGCUUGGAUGUAAUAGGAGCAGAAGGUUUUCAUCAGAUGUUGGUUCGUUCUGGUGCUUCCAUGCUCAAUAGAGAAUGGGUUGUGAAUCACUACAAGUGGAUAAUUUGGAAAUUAGCUUGUUAUGGAAGAGGCUAUCCAGAAAAAGGUGCCAUGGAAUAUUUGACAGUGCUGAAUGUGCUUGAAGAGUUAAAGUACAGGUAUGAGAGGGAAGUAAAUCAUGCUCAUAGAUCUGCAAUAAAAAGAAUUCUGGAAGGGGAUGCUUCAGCUGCUUCAAUGGUGGUGUUAUGCAUUUCUGCUGUUCGUUUUAACCCAAACCAAGAACUUGAGGCAGGACAUGGUAUGGCUCCAGGUGAAGAAGCCAAGAAGCCAAGUAGUGUUGCAAAGAUAGAGUUAACUGAUGGAUGGUAUUCAGUAAAUGCCACUUUGGAUGUAGCGCUGACAAAUCUGCUCAUUGCUGGAAAACUGUUCGUGGGCCAAAAACUUCGGAUCUGGAGAGCAUCGUUAUGUGGAUGGGUUGCACCCACUUCACCUCUUGAGGCAUCUAAAACUGUUAGUUUACCCUUACACAUAAACGGGACAUACAGAGCACACUGGGCUGCUCGGUUGGGGUUCUGUAAGGAACUUGGACCUCCCUUGGCUUUCAGGUGUAUCAAGGCUGAUGGUGGUCUGGUGCCCAGGACACUCGUCGGAGUAACACGAGUUUAUCCUGUUCUCUAUAAGGAGAGGUUAACUGAUGUAGACUCUGUUGUGAGAUCAGAAAGGUUGGAGAACAAAGCCCGUCAACUGUACAAUGAAAGGCGGUCCACAAUUGCAGAAGGUAUUGCAUUGGAGUUGCAAAGGGAGGUCUCUAAUUCACAUGGCAAGAAUGACAGUGACAGUGAAGAAGGGGCACAAAUCUUUAAGAUCCUUGAGGGAGCUGCUGAGCCGGAUGUAUUAAUGGCAGACAUGAGCGCUGAGCAAUUAAAUUCUUUUUCUAUUUAUAAAACAAAACAAGAGGCAAUCAGGCAGUCAAAUAUGCAGAAGGUUGUUGAGAAAGCAUUAGAAGAUGCUGGACUGAAUGAGAGACUAGUCACCCCAUUUAUGAGAGUAAGGGUGGUUGGUUUAACUAGUAAAGAUUCCAAGGGGCAAAGCUGUACUAGAGAAGGCUUGAUAACAAUCUGGAGCCCAACAGAGAAGCAGCAACUUGAGCUCGUGGAAGGACAGGCAUAUAUUGUUUCAGGGCUUAAACCCCUGAAAUUAGAUUCAAAUACCCUGUACAUUCAAGCCAAUGGUUCUACCAUUAAAUGGCAGCCAUUAGCUUCCUUAGCAGCUGCAAGUUUUGAAUCAUUUUUCUCCCCUCGCAAAUCAAUCUUCUUGUCAAAUAUGGGUGAAGUUUCUCUAGCCAGUGAAUUUGAUAUUGCUGCCGUAGUUGUGUAUGUUGGAGAGUCUUACACAUCUGGCCAUCAAAAGAAGCAGUGGGUGUUUGUAACAGAUGAUUCCAUGUCAGGAUCGAAAUCGCUUGCAGAAGGUUCUUCCAAUUGUUUACUUGCUAUCAGUUUCUGCUCACCCAGUAUGGGUAAAGAUUCAUUUGCAUCGAUCAGUUACACCCUUGAAGGAUCAACUGUUGGCUUCUGUAAUCUGGUGAAGCGAGCAAAGGACCAAAUGAACAAUCUAUGGGUGGCAGAGGCAACAGAUAAUUCAGCAUAUUCCCUUUUUAAUGACCUUCCUGCUUCUUCUCACCUCAAAAUAGCUGCCACUUCUGCUUACAGAUGGGCAAAGAUCUCUUCUUCGACUAUUCAAAAGCUCAGGGAGAGGGUUCUAUUUAUUCUUGGAGAUUCUAAUCCUCCUAAUAGCUAGGAUUUGUCACAACUUAUUUGCACAAAGUGAAUCAAUUUUGAACUGGAAGUGUAAAUACAGAUUCUGGGCCGAGAACCGUUUCAAGGACAUGAGCACGGCUGUACAGGGUAAGACAAUGUGGCAGCUUGUUCAAGCAGCGGAGUCACUCGUGGUUUAUGUAAAGAAACAAACAGGCAACCCUUUACAGAGAAGCAUUCUUUCAAGACAUACUUGCAUUUGGUUAGGUCUUUCACUACUAUUGACAUGGGCAGCUGCUUCAGGGUUAGGCUUCACAUAAUUACUAACACGUAUGAUCGGGAGUCUAGUCUUUUUGUAACUUUCAGUUUUCUGCUAGCUGCAUAAUCUACUUCUGGUAGAUGUUGUAUACAUUCUCAUUCUUCAUAAUAAUAGAGGAAUUCGGCAAGCGUUAAAUGUU